AUGGCAAGCCCGACAACAACCUCUAUAAACGUUAAUGAUCCCGGCUUGAUUUCACUGGUGAACAAGCUUCAAGAUGUUUUCUCGACAGUCGGUGUUCACAACCCCAUUGAUCUGCCACAGAUUGUAGUGGUAGGCUCGCAAUCCAGUGGCAAGAGUUCAGUUCUCGAGAAUAUUGUCGGAAGGGACUUCCUCCCUCGUGGAUCGGGAAUCGUUACUCGGAGACCCCUCAUCCUACAGCUCAUCAACAGACCUUCAAGAAACUCGGUAACGAACGGAGUCAAGGAGGAAAAGCUAGAAACUACGGACAGCGAGGCGAAUGUCGACGAAUACGGCGAGUUCCUCCACAUCCCCGGACAAAAGUUUUACGACUUCAACAAGAUUCGCGAGGAGAUUGUGCGGGAAACUGAACAGAAAGUCGGUCGCAAUGCUGGUAUCUCUCCAGUGCCUAUCAACUUGCGAAUUUACUCACCCAAUGUCCUGACCCUCACACUGGUCGAUCUGCCCGGUCUCACCAAGGUCCCAGUCGGCGACCAGCCCAAGGAUAUUGAACGGCAGAUUAGGGAUAUGGUUCUCAAGUACAUCAGCAAGCCCAACGCGAUCAUCCUGGCGGUUACCUCUGCCAACCAGGAUCUUGCCAACUCGGACGGAUUGAAGCUGGCGCGCGAGGUGGACCCCGAGGGUCAGCGCACUAUCGGCGUGCUAACCAAGGUCGAUCUGAUGGACGAGGGUACAGAUGUGGUGGAUAUUCUUGCGGGCAGGAUUAUCCCUUUGCGGCUGGGUUACGUCCCUGUGGUCAACCGUGGCCAGCGUGAUAUUGAGAACAAGCGUCCCAUCUCAUACGCACUAGAGCACGAGAAGAACUUCUUCGAGAGCCACAAGGCUUAUCGGAAUAAGGCUUCGUACUGCGGAACACCGUACCUUGCCAGGAAGCUGAACUUGAUCCUUAUGAUGCACAUCAAGCAGACUUUGCCCGAUAUCAAAGCCAGAAUUUCCUCGUCUCUCCAGAAGUACACGGCCGAGCUCUCCCAGCUUGGCGACUCGAUGCUCGGGAACAGCGCCAAUAUUAUCCUGAACAUCAUCACGGAAUUCAGCAAUGAGUAUCGCACGGUUCUGGAGGGAAACAACCAGGAGCUGUCUAGCAUCGAGCUUUCUGGUGGUGCCCGUAUCAGCUUUGUGUUCCACGAACUGUAUUCGAACGGUAUCAAGGCCGUGGAUCCAUUCGACCAGGUAAAGGAUAUCGACAUUCGGACAAUCCUUUACAACUCUUCUGGCUCGUCUCCUGCGCUUUUCGUCGGAACGACCGCCUUCGAGUUAAUCGUCAAGCAGCAGAUCAAGAGACUGGAGGAUCCCAGUUUGAAGUGCAUCUCGCUGGUUUACGACGAACUUGUGCGCAUUCUGGGCCAGCUUCUGAAUAAGCAGCUGUUCCGGAGAUACCCCAUGCUCAAGGAGAAGUUCCAUGCUGUUGUCAUCAGCUUUUUCAAGAAGUGCAUGGAACCGACAAACAAGCUCGUCCACGAUUUGAUCUCGAUGGAGGCCUGCUACAUCAACACUGGACACCCCGAUUUCCUCAACGGGCAUCGUGCUAUGGCAAUUAUCAAUGAACGCCAGCAAGCGAGCAAGCCUACGCAGGUGGACCCGAAGACGGGCAAACCUCUGCCUCCUCGUGCAAACAGCCCGUCGGUCGAUGCCGUAGCCGCCGCAGAGAACAGUGGUUCUGGAUUCUUCGGCAGUUUCUGGGCAUCCAAGAACAAGAAGAAGAUGGCUGCCAUGGAGCCUCCUCCACCUACCCUCAAGGCAUCUGCCACUCUUUCUGAGCGUGAGGCUACAGAGGUCGAGGUGAUCAAGCUUCUUAUCACCUCCUACUUCAACAUUGUCAAGCGCACCAUGAUUGACAUGGUUCCCAAGGCCAUCAUGUACACCCUCGUUCAGUUCACCAAGGAUGAGAUGCAACGUGAACUGCUGGAGCAGAUGUACCGUAAUAACGAGCUGGACGAAUUGCUCAAGGAGAGCGACUACACCAUUCGCCGACGGAAGGAGUGCCAGCAGAUGGUGGAGAGCCUGAGCCGCGCCAGCGAGAUCGUCAGCCAAGUUCAGUGA